UGUUGUGAUGUCACUGCAGCCCCCUCAUAUCCAGUACACAAAGGGGCAGGGGAUCAUCAUAGCCAGCAUACCGACUCUGCUACACAGACUACUCUACUGCUCACUCACACAGACUCAGACACACACAGACACACACACACACGUCACCCAGAUACAGUCAGUCACAGUGUAACUCACACCAGGACCAGGCUUGCUCAUUUUUCAGGCUGGGCCGUCACAGUAAGUAAAAGUACCAGCAAGGAAUCAGUGACCAUCCACCCUCCCAGCAGAAGCCAUAUAAUAUUACUGAGAGAACGUCUGAGAAGUUGCAAGAGAACUCUUCAGCAUUUUGGAAUUUGGACUGUACCAGAUCCACCAGACGUUGGGAUUUAAAGCCCUCUGUUGAACCAGGCCGGAAACAGCAUUUUAGACAGUCCCAACAGCACCAGAGGAAGGAGGUUAAUCUAGGAUCAGACAGUAUGCUGGCUCAGAUCCUACAGGAGAUGUGGGUGGACCCAGAGGUUCUGGAGGCCCUGAGUGAAGACCAGAAGAGAAUCUUGUUCCUGAAGAUGAGAGAGGAGCAGGUCAGACGCUGGAAAGAGAGGGAGGAGAAGGACGAGAGAGAGAGGAGAUCCAGGGAACACGCCAGGUCUAAGAAAGGUCACAGUAAGAGCGUGCGCUGGCUGUUGGGCCGUGAUGGGGAUGUGAGUGUGAGCGUGAUCGGAGAGGUAGAUGAAUUUAGAUCCUCCAAACUCCUCCAGACCCUUCGUACCAACACCAGACUACAGAGUACAAAAAUUAACAACCUAGUGGUUGAUAUCCAUACUGUGUCUCUACUGACAGACAGAGAGAACCACCAAACCAGCUCACAAUCAGCCAUACUGAUGCAACUCAGCGAAGACUCAGACGGGUCUAAGGACUCUGAGGAGGAUCAGUACACAGGCAGUGCUGAGGUCGACCCAAAGGACACCAGGGAGGACAGCAUCGACAGUGUGUCAGGCUACAGCACAGAUGACCUAAAGGACUGGGGCCUCUGCUACAGGCCCCACUGCAACAACAUCAGCCUCUGUCUCCAACCCCAGCUGUCAGCCAGAGAAAAGGCCUGUCCACAGAGCAGAAGAGUGGUGGUCAGUCAUGAAGAGGAGAGCCCAGCAUUUGGUGGUCGGGUGGCCCAGCUCAGGAGAGCAUUUGCCACGUCCUCUCCCACCGCCAUGCCCCGUGUGGCCACCAAACCCUUUCACCUGUAGCUAGCAGCCAAACCUUCCCUCAGGUAACACCAGGGUCACCUCCAGUCAACCAACCACACAGAAGAGGUACUGCCCACUUGACGGGCUCAUAUGAAUACCAGGUACAAGUGACCUACGGACAGACACUCACCUGAGGAACGGUGCUGAGAAAUAGGAGCUCCAAACUUAGCCGAGUUAAAGGUGGACAUGCACGGCUGAGUGGGAGGAAUGCUUGGCGCUGGUAUUCUGGUGAAACGGCUCCCUUUAAAGGUUCCUGGAGACUGCAUGGUAGUCAUACAGUUCUACCUCUCCUUGAAGCUAAAUACACAAGAGGUUUGGACAUGUCUAACACAAGAGCUAUUUCUACAUAUGUACAAGAGGUUUGGACAUGGCUAAAACAAGAGCUAUUUCUACAUAUGUACAAGAGGUUUGGACAUGGCUAAAACAAGAGCUAUUUCUACAUAUGUACAAGAGGUUUGGACAUGGCUAAAACAAGAGCUAUUUCUACAUAUAUACAAGAGGUUUGGACAUGGCUAACACAAGAGCUAUUUCUACAUAUGUACAAGAGGUUUGGACAUGGCUAAAACAAGAGCUAUUUCUACAUAUGUACAAGAGGUUUGGACAUGGCUAAAACAAGAGCUAUUUCUUUGUUAGUUGUUGUUAUCUAACGGUCUAACCGCGUAGAUUUUCUGGUCAUAUUCUGUUUGGAAUAUUUGCACUCUAACUACAUUUGUUUGAGGAGGUUAUUUCAAUAUUGUGUGUGAAACAUGCUUGUGCAAUACACAAAUUAUUUUGA